AUGGCCACGCCGCCGCCUCUCGUCCUCACCCGGUCCAGAGACCAGACCGAGGCCAGCCUGCGCCAUCCCGUGCCCGACCUGCAGUCGCUGCAGGGAGCCUACGUGGGCAACAUCGAACGCCUGGAGGAACAUGCCGAGCGCAUGAGCGAGAAGGGCUCGGACCUGGGCGAGGAGAUCCGCAAGCUGCACACCGAGUUGAAGCAGUCGGACAGUCGCCGCUCGUCCUUCAUGUCCAACCAGCCCUUUGAAGAGCCCAUGCGCCAGUUCAGCACCCGCAGCCGUGGUGUCUCCAUUAGCUCGCAUGCAAACUCGAUCGUUGACGUCAAUGGGACUGCGCGGUGGGGCGGCUACUCGCCCGCUGGCUACAUCACCUCACCCGUCGGCUCCCAGGGCUCAAACUCGUGGGCCAAUCCUCCGCCGGCCCCCGGUCAGCGCCAACGCUCAGAGUCAAAGACGUCGCGAUUAGGGCAGAUUGUGCACCCUGAGGAAGUGGAGGAGGCGAGAGACGUGUUCCCAGCAUCGCCCGACUCACCCCGCUCGGCUCCAUUUGCUGGCAACCGAUACGAGUCUCCGCCUCCGACCGAUCGCCGCGUGGUAUCCUCUUUCACGCGCAAGUACGAGGAGAUUGCCCAACAGAUACAGGACGGCAUGGACACAACCGACCAGCCCUACCACGAAGGCUCCCAGUACCGAGCCCACCAUGACCCCUACGAUCGACCGGCCACGGCAGCUUCAACAGACACCACACAGCAGGCCCGUACGCUGUGGCAUGACUUUGACGGUGCACACGCCCCAGACACCGUCCCUGAGGAACCCGAGCCAUCUCACGGCGGUGGCAGUCGCCAUUCAUCCUUCAUGAGAGGGCUUGACAUGCCCUCGCAAGGCGCACCGCCACCUGACGAAAACAUGGUCUUCUAUCCAGCCCCAGUUCCGAGAAUGUUGAACCUCCCGAAACGGCUGUCACAACUGCCCGCCUCCGACGUGCAAGCUCGACGACGCACACAGAUCAUGGAAUCAAUACAGGCUGAAAACAGAAAGUCUGCCCACAUGAUGGGAGAUGUAGUAGAUACUAGCAGGAAGAACCGGCAAAGUAUGGCUAAUCUUCCUCCCGCUCUGCGAGCGAGUGUCUACUUCGACCACCAGAAUGGGCCUUCACAAGAGUUCGCCGUCAAGGGGGAGUCUGCAAAGGAUACGCUUGACAGCAUUCUCGAUGCGUCGGCACAUGCACCUGUUUCUGCCUUUGUCGAUCAUCCGUAUGCUGGACAUGUCGGCAACGAAGUCUACGGACAAGAAGACAAGCGCAGAAACUCCAAGUUCCCAGAGCGGCCCAACCUUGCAGAGACCCGGAGGCGAAGUUCUUUCAACGUCCUAGAUACCAAGCACGGCUCGAACGGUGCCAAAUUGAACAAACUGAAGAAGCGUAAUAGCUCAGCCGACAUGAAUGUGCUGGUCGUAAGAGCGAGUGAAAAUCGGAUGAGCCUGGGUGCCGAACUCGACGAACACGACGACUACGCCAGAGGCCCGCCAGCUGACGAGACAUCUGGAUCCAAGGCGCGGUAUUAUGCAAAAUCAAACAGUCAACAUUCAGGGGAUGAACACAGUCAUCAUGAGGGCGACGAUGACGAACGCAGCCAUCAUGAGGAGAGCGAUGGUGAUGAGCCUGAAGAAGGCGGGGGUGAGGACGAGGAGGUAGAGGAACAGCUUUUCGGCGCUCCAACCACGCUGCUUGCCGAACUCCAGAUGCGCAAGGCAAAGCAAAAGACUCGCAACAUGAACUACGCAACCAUGUUCGAGCAGGGCAUGCUGAGCCAACACAGGACACUCCUCCAGCUCGACGACGAAGCCGAGAAGGAAAAGCAGAAGCGUAUCCGAAAGAAGGUCCAGCUAGCGUGGGAAGCCCAGGCCGAGGAAGACGACUCGGACGACGACGUUCCACUCGGCAUUCUCUACAAGCAAAACAACCAACGCGAAUCCGACUGGGACCGAACGUCUCCAAGCCAGCAAUACCUCAGCGUCCCAACCUCAACCACACCUGGCGCAGAGUCGGAAGAAGACACCGGCGAAACACUAGGCGAACGCAUGCGCCGCCUAAAAGAAAAGCAAAUCCUCGACUCGGCGCUCGGCUCCGACCCCCGCAAAAGCACCGUGAGCGGCGACUUUGCCACAGAAAUGCUCAGCAAGUUCGGCGUCAGCGACAACAACAACAACGACGAGAAAGACAAAGACAGCGCAAUCCCAGCCCCGAAACCCACGCCCUCCCCCGGCGCAGACGGCGAGGAGGAAGAAGAAACCCUCGGCCAGCGGCGCGCGCGCCUCCAAGCCGAAGCCCUCGCCCGCGGCGACGAGCCCUCCACCACGCGCCCCUCCCUCCCCUCAAACAUGAGCAUGGCAGACGUCCUCUCCGCGAACCCAAUGGACUCGCACAACCAGGCGCGCACCAUGACCGACCAGGCGCUAAUAUCACACCUCCCGCAGGGCAGCCUUCUGCACCAGAACGUCCUUGCCGAGGAGCGGCGACGGACUCAACGCUUGAAUGUAAAUUCGCGCACGUCCAGCUACGGUAUGCAUGAUUUUCUUGAUCCGCUGGUGAGGAGCGCGCCGAAGGUCGAGCAGGAUGAGGCGCUGGCGGAGAAGAUUAGGAGGUAUAAGGAUGUCAUGGCUGGGGUGGGGGUGGGGGGGUCGCAGCAACAACAGUCUCAGAGUAUGAUGUAUCCGGGGCAGAUGAUGCAGGGGCAGUCGCAGAUGAUGGGACUGCAACAACAGCAACAGCAGCAGCAGCAGAUGAUGAUGCAGCAGGGUAUGAUGUAUCCUGGGCAGAUGAUGCAGAACGGCAUGCCCAUGAAUAUGAUGCAGAACGGUAUGAAUAUGCCCAUGGGUAUGCAGAUGAACAUGCCCAUGAAUAUGCAGAUGCAGAUGCAGAUGCAAAUGGGCAUGGGCAUGCAGCCUAUGAUGAUGGCGCCGCCUAUGCCGCCCCAGCAUCGCGAGAUGAUCGAUCGAUGGAUGCAGGAUGUGCGGCAGUGAGGGGUUGGCUUGUGGGCUGUGGACUGUGUAUGGUUUCGCCUUUCUUCGUGUAAUUCUUUUAUUCUACGGACUGGGAUAGGGACUGGGAUAGAUGGGCAUGGCUUGGUAUGGUAUGGCAUCUUAUAGUAUCUUAUUUAUAUAGCGAGGCGUAGCGUAGCGUUGUUUAUUUCAUCAUAUUUCACCACAUCGCUUCGCAUCCCCAUUAUAUCGGUCUUU